AUGGCAGACAAUCGAGCAGCACUAGGGACUCCUGCAGCCGAGGCCCACGAUAGAAGUAGAUCCCAUGCCUGGUAUAAGCCAGGCGAGAAGCUCAAGUUGUCACCUUAUACGUUAGAGCUCUUCCAAAACUACAGUCGAAUCCCCGCCGACCAAGUCGCGACCCAUAUCAUUGAAGUGCGAGAGAAAGCAUGGGAAGUCUAUCCCUACCCAUGUAUUGGCAGCUUCCGUUUCCUCGACUUCGCGAUAACCGAGUCCCCGAUAUUCACCACGGCUCUCACAAAGCUCAAUUCCGGCGGCAAAUAUCUGGAUUUAGGAUGUUGUUUCGCUCAAGAUCUUCGCGCAUUAGUUCAUGCCGGUAUCCCUAGUGAAAAUCUCUACGGCGCAGAUUUACAAUCCGGGUUUAUCGAUUUAAGCCACGAUCUCUUUAAGGAUGGCCACACCCUCAAAUCGACUUUCUUCGAAGGCGACAUAUUCGAUUUCUCAACAUUCAAACCAAUUCGAGGGGAAAUCUCCAAUCCAAACCUCUUCCAAAAGAUCAAGGGCGAUAUAGAUAUCAUUAGCGCCCGCAGUUUCCUACAUUUAUUCAACCCUGAACAGGAAUUUAAAGCCGCUUGCCAGAUUGUUGCCAUUCUAAAAGACAGCCCCGGUUCUAUUAUCAUGGGCCGUCAAGUCGGGAGCUUCACUCCAGGCAUGGAAUCGAUAUCCCUGGGUAGACGAGAAGUGUUCCGCCACGACCCACAGACUUGGGAAGAACUCUGGAACAGAGUCGGAGAAGCCACCGAUACGAAAUGGAAUGUCCAAGCAAAGCUACUUGAGCUAUCGCCCGAUGUCAAAGAUUCAAUAAAAGCAGCCGAAUUAGCAAAUAUUGAAACUAGAGGCUGGUUGGAGUUUGUCAUUACAAGGCUUUAA